AGUCCUUUCUUGAUCUAAUACCCAAUUGAGCCAAAUUUCACUAACUGUUCUUGCACUACAUACCCAUUUGAGCACAAGUUUUCAUUGAAAGGUUUGUGGCUCACAUACCCACUGAGCACAAAUUCAGUGAAUGCUUUUCUGCUACUAGAUUGCCAUGGAUUCAAUCAGUGUUGCAUCAUUAUCAUACUCCCUAGCUGCAGGAAUUCUCCUUGUGAUACUUAUACUUUUCCUGAAGAAGAAAAGUAAUAGUAGUUUAUCAUUACGACCACCCCCAGGCCCUCCUGGAUGGCCCAUCAUUGGAAACAUCUUUCAGCUUGGGGACAAGCCCCACCAAUCUCUCUUCCAUCUUGCACAGAAAUAUGGACCUCUCAUGACCAUCAAAUUGGGCAUGCAGACAACUUUGGUUGUGUCAUCUGAAUCCAUGGCAAGAGAAGUACUGAAGAACAAUGACCAGAGCUUUGCAAGCAGGACAAUCAAUACAGUUAUAAGCGCAUUUUCCUACAAAGGCACAAGUCUAUUAUGGAGUCCUUAUGGCGCUCAUUGGCGCUUGCUUAGAAAGAUCUCCAACUCAGAGAUUUUCAGUGUCAAAAGGCUCGAGGCUCUGCAACAAUUGAGAAGAGAGGAAAUAUAUAGCACUAUUGAUGAGAUCAUGGAGGAUUGUAAACAAGGGAAUAGUACCAAGAUUGGGGAGAAAGCGUUUAUGAUUUCUCUUAGCAUUAUGGGUAAGACUGUUUGUGGCAAAAAACUGCUUGAGUCAGGCUCUGCACAAGCUACAGAGUUUAAGAGCAUGGUAAGAGAAGUCCUCGAGUUGGCAGGGGUUCCAAACUUAUCCGACUUUUUCCCUUUUCUGGGUAGGUUUGAUGUUCAGGGGCUGACUGUCAAAGCUAUCAGUUUGGCCAAACGUUUUGAUGACAUGUUUAACAGAGUCAUUGAUGAGCGACUAGCACAGAGGACUGUUAGUGGCAACGAAGUGAAGGAUUUCCUGGAUGUAAUGUUGAAUUUGAGAGAAGAUGGUGCACAAAUUACUCUGGACAGCAUGAAAGCAAUCCUGAUGGACAUGUUUAUUGCAGGGAUCGACACAACUUCAGCAACAAUUGAAUGGACAAUGACAGAGCUUCUGAGGAAACCGGAACUUAUGAGAAAAGCCCAAGCAGAGCUUGAUGAUGUUGUGGGUGUUGAGAGAAGAAUGGAGGAGGCAGACAUAGACAAUCUUCCAUAUCUGCGAGCAGCUGUGAAAGAAGUGUUUCGAUUACACCCUCCAGUCCCAAUGAUGAUUAGAAAAGCAGAUGUGAGUCGUGAGAUUGAUGGAUUUCUUAUUUCAGAGAAUACCCAUGUCCUUGUGAAUUUGUGGGCAAUGGGGAGAGACACUAGUGUGUGGAAGGAUCCCUUAAACUUUAAUCCGGAUAGGUUUUUGGAAUCCAAAAUUGACUACAAAGGCCAGGAUUUUGAAUUGAUACCAUUUGGAGCAGGAAGAAGGAUAUGUAUUGGGCUUCCAUUGGCACACAGACAGGUUCAUUUGGUGGUGGGAUCAAUGCUGCAAGCCUUCACUUGGUCCAUUCCUAUGGACAACGAUGCAGGUAUUGAUAUGUCUGAGAGAUUUGGCUUAACUCUACAAAAAGCUGUACCACUCACAGCUGUGCCUACCCUAAGAGAUGGGGUCAAGUUUUAGAGUUCAUAUUAGUUAUAAUAUUUCCAAAAUAAGUAAGGGUCUAUAGUCCAGUAGGGUUUUAUUGUUGGUACAGGAUUAGUGGUUUUAGGAUUUAUAUAUUUAUAUUAUAUAUUGUCAAUAAUUUGUUCACAUGUAUAUUGACAAAUUAUCAAAUGUUUGUCAAGAGAUCCUUACAUGAACACAUGAGAACUUAUGAAUAUCAUAUAUAAAAUUAUAAUUAUAUUAGUUAACAA